GUCCUGUGCUCAGCUGGGAUCACCCAGGAAACGGAUGUUGAUGGAUGGCCGCGCAGACGAGGCACAGCAAGCAUGCAGCCGGGUGGACAUGUGCCGGCUCGUCCACACAUAUCCACAACAUCGCAUCGGCUCCCCGAUGCGCUCUGGCGACCGUCCCGUCUGGCCGAGUUCCAUCCGCCAAAGUCCAAGCGGUCUGUCCGAAGCGCCUGUCGGGGUUGGUCGAGCAGCCCCACGUUCUCUUGGUCCGCUCUGCGCAACAGCGCCAUGAGGACCAUCUUUGCUCUUGCCAAUCCACCUCCCGCCCUUCACUCCCGGUCUGUUCGACAACAUGCCCCAGCGCAACGCAGUCGUCGGCGCCAGGAAUGCCCUCUGGGCCACAGCCGCAGCUGCGAUCUUUCUCGCUCUGGGCGUCAUAGGGUAUUCGCAUCAAGAGCAGAUCAAGGCCAUGUGGCAUGGACUGAUGCUCUGGAUUCAGAACCACACUAUUGAGGGAUCCGUUGUCUACAUUGUUCUCUUUGCACUUGCCUGCUGUGUCCUUGUCCCAGCCUCGCUGGUGACUCUGCUGGCAGGGUUUCUGUUCCGUCCCCUCUGGGUGUCGCUCCUGAUUGUCCUCGCAGGAUCUCAGCUGUGCCUCCUCGUCAGCUAUCUCCUCGGCCAGUCGCUGUUCCGGCCCGUCAUCGAAGAAUGGAUCCACGGGUCGCACUAUUCUGUCCUCGACCAGGCCAUCAGCAUCGAAGGAUUCAAGCUUGUGGUCUUGUUCCGCCUGUCGCCGAUCAUGCCCUUCGGCAUCACCAACUACCUGCUCUCUCUGACUCAAAUCCCGUAUCACACCCUCGCGGCAGCAACCCUGGUUGGAAAUGUGCCCGGCGCCGUGACAUUCAGCUUCCUGGGCAGUGUCAUGAGCGACAUUUCUGGCGCCGGAGACUAUGAGAUGGACCGCCGAAGCCGCCUCAUGACCGCACUGCUUUCGCUCGACUUUAUGGUCAUCACCGUCGUGUACAUCAGCCUGAUCUCGCAGCGAGCCCUGAGACUCGCCAGCUACAAUCCCGUGCCCAGUUCCGAGACCGCCCAGGACAGCGAUCCCGAGGAGAAUCAGAUCAUUGUCGAGGACGAGGACGAUGCUGCUAAUGCCGCCGACACUGACGACACUCUCACUCCAAGCGGCAUCAUUCCGUCGCGCCGACGCACUUCUGGAGGUGAUUUGCCACCCAGGCUGUGCGAAGAUGAGUCGGCUGCGAAUGCCGAGAGCAGUGCUUUGGAUGGCUCUGGAGAAGCUGCCGUCGCUGCUUCCGGUCCUCCGUCGCAUGAUUUUAACGCCAGCGAAAAGCGUGUCCUCUACAUGACGGUCGGUGCGCUCGUCGGCAUCAGCGUCGUGGGAUUUCCACUCAUCUGGCUCUUUGCCUGAAUACCGAGCAUUGCGGCUCAUCCCGUAUUCAUUCUGUCGUUCUGCAUGAGCUUGACGUGGCCAGAUUAUCGUCAUCAGAUUAUCGUCGCCAGUCGGGCACGGCUCUACUCCGUGUGUUCGCCGACAGCCUUUGAGGAGUCCAUAUAUCCCAUCCAGGCACUCACAGCUUCGACAGGCGUGGCGCCAUGAACACGAUGCAUGUGCAAACAGCACGGUCCAGAUUGGAGGGAACAUGUGUGCUCGGUGUAGCUUGCUUCAUUUCUCAAACGUUGUGCAUUUGGCAACAUGGUCAAAGCAACGGCCAAGGCAACAUGGCCAAGGUAACAACUCUCAAGGCGCCA